UUCCGACAGGGCCGACCCUGGCCGGGUUGGAACCGGUUCGCGACACUGGCUCGCUGCGAGCCUGGAAAGCCCGAUUCUGAAGCUUUGACCUUUUCGCAAAUGGCGGAAACCCUCGAACCCUAGGGUCCUUCUCUCCUCGUCUCCCUCCCUCUCCUUCCCUCUUCUCCGCUCCCAUGUCGAGAAACGAAGACGUCCGAUUCGUCUCUUCCGCCAUUAAAAUCCCCCGCUCCUCCCUCGCCCACCCCGUUCCCCUCUUAUCAACGCUCCCCUUCGCUCGCCACAACCUUUCCUUCCAUCUCGACCGAGCUAGAGAGGCGAUCCAGGGCUUCUUGGCAUCGCUUCCGAGACAGUGGAGGCCUCGCUUUCUCUGCUCGUCCUCCCUUGCUGUGGUGCGGCAGGAGGCGGAGACGAACCAUCGGCGGCACGGGAAGGAGGACGAGGAGCGGGUCCUGAUAAGCGAGGUGCUGAUCCGGAACAAGGAUGGGGAGGCGCUGGAGCGGGUGGACUUGGAGGCGGCCGUGGCCGCCGCCCUGAAGUCGUGCCGGCCCAACUCGGCGCUCACGGUGCGGGAGGUGCAGGAGGACGUGCACCGGAUCAUCGAGAGCGGGUACUUUUGCUCGUGUAUACCUGUUGCCGUCGACACCCGGGAUGGGAUCCGGCUGGUCUUUCAGGUGGAACCGAAUCAGGAGUUCCAAGGAUUGGUUUGUGAGGGUGCAAACGUUCUUCCUGUAAAAUUUUUGGAGGAUGCAUUUCGCGAUGCGUAUGGAAAAAUAAUCAAUAUACAGCAUCUGGAUCAAGUGAUUAAAUCCAUCAAUGGCUGGUACUAUGAACGUGGGCUAUCUGGUUUGGUUUCAUAUGCUGAGAUUCUUUCUGGAGGAAUCCUUAGGUUACAAGCCUCCGAAGCCGAGGUCAAUAAUUCCGCCAUUCAGUUUCUUGAUAGAAGGACUGGUGAACCAACUACAGGGAAGACAAGGCCAGAGACUAUAUUUCAACAACUGGCAACAAAAAAGGGACAGGUAUACAAUAGACUACAAGCAAAACGAGAUGUUGAGACAAUAUUAACAAUGGGAAUUAUGGAAGAUGUUACAAUUAUUCCUCAGCCUACUGGAGAUCCCUGCAAGGUUGAUCUAGUGUUAAAUCUUGUUGAGCGUCGUAAUGGUGGUUUCUCUGCAGGUGGUGGAAUUUCAAGUGGGAUAACAAGUGGCCCUCUUGCAGGACUGAUCGGAAGCUUCGCCUAUGUGCAUAGGAAUGUUUUUGGUAGGAACCAAAAACUCAACCUUUCAUUAGAAAGGGGGCAAAUCGACUCAAUAUUUCGCAUAAAUUAUAUUGACCCAUGGAUUGAAGGAGACGAUAAGAGGACAUCCAGAACAAUCAUGAUUCAGAACUCCAGUACUUCAGGAGCACUUGUUCAUGGGAAUGCCCAAUCUGAUCAUGGUGGCCUAACAAUUGCACGAGUUACUGCUGGGAUUGAAUACAGUCGACCUUUCAGGCCCAAGUGGAGUGGAACACUUGGGCUUAUGUUUCAGCAUGCUGGUGCUCGUGAUGAUAAAGGCAAUUCUGUAGUCAGAGAUAUCUACAACAGUCCAUUAACUGCAAGUGGCAAUGCUUGUGAUGACAUGCUAAUUGCAAAGUUAGAAAGUGUCUACACAGAUUCUGGUGAUCAUAGCUCCUCAACAUUUGUAUUCAACAUGGAACAAGGACUCCCUGUUCUACCUGAGUGGUUAUGUUUCAAUCGAUUGAGUGCUCGUGCUAGGCAAGGAUAUAAAAUUGGGCCUGCUCGACUACUUUUAAGUGUCUCCGGAGGCCAUGUCAUUGGAAAUUUUCCACCUCAUGAAGCAUUUGCUAUUGGUGGGACAAACAGUGUCAGGGGUUAUGAAGAAGGUGCUGUGGGUUCUGGUCGCUCAUAUGCGAUUUGUAGUGGAGAAAUCUCUUUUCACAUGUUUGGACCACUGGAAGGUGUGCUGUUUGCGGACUAUGGAAAUGAUCUUGGUUCAGGCCCUACAGUGCGUGGUGAUCCUGCUGGAGCAAGGGGAAAACCUGGGAAUGGUUGUGGCUUUGGGGCCGGCAUUUGUGUGGAUUCACCCCUAGGGCCCCUGCGCCUAGAAUAUGCAUUUAAUGAUAAAUUAGCAAGCAGGUUCCACUUUGGAGUUGGCUACCGCAAUUAAUUCAUUCCUUUUCUUGCUUGGCCCUCAGGAUCUCUGCUAAGUUAUUGUCAGACGUCAAUUUUAAAAGCAAUUCAGCAUCAUAUGAUCCUCGAUGAAAAUAUUACUCAAUUGUUUUUUUUUUUCCUCCUUGAGAGGAGUAUGAGAGAGGUGUGCCAGAAUAUAUAUAUUACAGGCUUUCUUCCAUUUGCGGUAGUCGUACGAAGCUGCUGUUUUGAAGAGUUUUGAGCCGUAUCUAGAGCAAGGCAUGCGAAGGCUUAUAGUUGUAUAGAUAUUUCAAAUUUUUGAUCCUGUAUCUCAGCAGGACAUAAACUCAUAUUUAUUAAGAGUUUAGAAAAUGGUGGUAACACCUGAUGGAAUCA